AUGCCUAGUGCUGUUGGCGAGCAGAUGAUCCCCGGAGGCGAUCCAGGUCAUUCUUCAGCCCCAUCGGAGCUCAUAUGCGUUGAGUACUAUGACAUAUCGCGACCAGACCGCCCUUCGGUCGCCGAUACCAAUUUUUGUCUGCCAUUUGUAUCCCUGGCGCCGCAGCUAUCCUUACAAAUCAAUCAAUGUACCAAUUGGAACAAGGGCUCUGUAUGGCCAAUCUUCAACAUCUGGUGUCCAGGAUUUUUCGGUACCUCUCUUACACAGCUGGGACCCGACCAUGUCAAGCUCAGAAACAAAACCGACUUUGUUGUGACAGCAUACGAAGAUGACAUGGAGGCCUUGAAAGCAAAGGACACAAAUGCUAUUUUAUUUAGUACAGAAGGCUUAGUAGCCGGUGUUGAUGUUGACGCCCCUCCUUGGUAUGGGUGUAAAGUCUGCAACUCCCACCGAGGAUACUUGUUUUUGCCAAACGACGAGCGCUGGCACUGGGUUGAAAUCGAUGGCGAACAUUAUCAAUUCAAGCGUGAAGAUGAUCACCGAGAUCAAGAUGUACCAUUGAAAACGUUGAUUUGGGAGUUCCAGAAUAGUUGGACACCUUCCAAGGACCUCCCGGCAGACCUACCAUUCGCUGUAAAUCGAGAUGUUCGAGUCUGUCGAGUCAGCGAAUGUAACUCAUUGGCCGGCCCCGGUAUAGCUGGAAGUCCGGUUGCCGUGAUGAAUCAUGAUGGUUUUAUUUUCUUUGAUGGGGUGGGAUCGAAGAUGGCUGAAAUUCAGACAGAGGAUAAUCGUGCUUUGAUUCUUAUAUCUGGGCUUGCAAUUGCGAAGUACGAAGGUUGGUUGGCAGAAGGAUGA